GGUAUAAAUGUUGCAGUAGUUGGAGUGGCAACUGUUCAAUCAACAGCUGUCAUGGCUUGUCAGGGGAAAACUAAAGAGGCGCAGGCACACAUACGCUCUGUUCAGAAAAUGAUGAAACGAGGGGCUAAGGAGGGAAUGCAAUUAGAGGAGCAACUUGCCUUCAGAAAAGAGUCUGAGAGCCUUAGAAUGGAACUCAGGAAAGCUGCUGUAGAAGAUGACAUUUCAAGGAGAUCAGAUCAGAGGACCAAGAUUUUCACAUCAAACAAGACUACAUCAAGUAAUAUGUACCAUGGAUCUUCGGCCCCUUUAAAGAUGAAAAAGAUGAAGUCUAGACAAGUUGAUAAUGAUUUAGUGGUUCAACAAUAUCUCAAUUAUCAGAGUUAAAUGUUCACAUUGAUGAUGCUUUUGUUAAAGAACAUUAUAAUUACAAGAGUGAAAUGUUCACAUUGAUGAUGCUUUUGUUCAAGAACAUUAUAAUUACAAGAGUUAAAUGUUCACAUUGAUGAUGCUUUUGUUUAAUAACAUUACAAUUACAAGAGUUAAAUGUUGAUGUUGCUUUGUUUAUGACAACACUGAUGGCACUUUCAUGCAAUGUCAUUAAAAAAAGCAAUGGUCACAGGGAAUUGAAGUUACCAUAGCAAUGAAGAAAUAAUGGCAUCAUUGGAGUAUUCUGAAAAGUAUAGAUUUCACUAUAAUUUUAAUAUUUUCUUACAUUCAUGCAUAUUUUUAUUAUAUAUGUAUUUACCGAAUCUAUCACAUGUACAAAUAUAUCCAUUAAAUCCAUUGUGUGAUGGUCUUAUAAAACCCAUUGUGUGAUGGUCUUAUAAAAUCUAUGGUGAGAUGGUCGUACAAAAUCAAUUGUGAUAUGGUCCUACAAAAUCCAUUGUGAGAUGGUCAUACAAAAUCCAUUGUCUGAUUGUCUUACAAAAUCCAUUGUGAGAUGGUCAUACAAAAUCCAUUGUCUGAUUGUCUUACAAAAUCCAUUGUCUGAUUGUCUUACAAAAUCCAUUGUGAGAUGGUCAUACAAAAUCCAUUGUCUGAUUGUCUUACAAAAUCCAUUGUCUGAUUGCCUUACAAAAUCCAUUGUGAGAUGGUCAUACAAAAUCCAUUGUCUGAUUGUCUUACAAAAUCCAUUGUGAGAUGGUCAUACAAAAUCCAUUGUCUGAUUGUCUUACAAAAUCCAUUGUGAGAUGGUCAUACAAAAUCAGUUGUGAGAUGGUCUUUCAAAAUCCAUUUAAAUCACAUACAAUUUUCAUAUCCAGGUAUGCCUGUAAUAAUCUCGUAUCAAUGUUUCCAGUGUUAGAAAAGCAGGAACAGACAACUUAUAAUGUGACUUAUGCCAUAAUUUAUUUUGCAAGUUUUGUUUUUAAAAUUUUUUGUUAUAUUAUAAUUAUUAUAUGCAUAAAAAUUCAUAUUGACAAUUUGAAAUGUUUUUAUUAUACUCAUAUGUUGAAAGAAGUGUAAUAUUCCUUAAUCUUAUUAUUGAUAUAUAUAUAUAUAUAUAUUGAAUAUAUCUUUUUUGUAAAUAACAGGAACACUUUUGUUUUGUUGUGUUUUUGCUGUCAAAAUAAGCAUUCCUUUAUUUUUAUUGACAUUCUGUUGAUACACAAUAGCUGUUAUUUUGUUAUUUAAGUUUCCUCGUUACUUUUUAGUAAGAUUUUUUUUAAUUUUCUUUUUUUUUAAUUUUCUUUUCUUUUGUUGUUGUUUUGCGGAGAGGGGUUCAGUUAAAAAUUCUUUUCUGAAAAAAAAAAUUAAAAAUGGGGAAAAUUCCAUUCUAGUAAUAAGCAAAUUAUUGAGUAUAUUCUUCUUAUGCAAUAUGUAACAGAAUCACGCUAUCCAGCAAAGCGGGGUAGCUGUGUUUUCUUUGGAGAUCUGGUUUUAUAUAUUUUAUGCAUUGUUUAAAUUGAUGAAUAUCUUUUAUUUUCAUUUUUAUGAUUCACUUGCAUUAUGACAUAUUGAGGGUUUAAAUUUAGUUUACAAAAUUCACAUUUGUAUAUAUAACUGUUACAUAUUCGUAUUUUGUGUUUAUUAAAACAUUUACUAUA